CGCAGAGUUAAGCUGCAGUCUUGUAAUUGUAAGGGAAGACAUCCCUGCCUUUUUAGCCAAUCAGAUUGGCUAUUGUGGUGGAGUGACCAGCGAAAUGAGAACCGGAAAUCCAAGUUAGUUGACCUAAGUGUUGGUUCCUCUUCCGUCCAUAAAACCAAUGUCACAAUGAGAAUCCUGAUAAAUUGACCAGCUGAAACUACUCAAAUAAAAAACAAGUGUAGGCUUCAAUCGAGCGAAUAAAAACCUCGCGAUGUCAGUAUCUCAAGGAGGAGGUUGGCAUUGUGGCUGCUGGGCUGCGACAAUCCGCAUUGGUAGUGAAGUGGAAGGACCUUUCCGGUCCUUGAAUUCAUCUUCCGCACCGACUAUGCCGCUAGGUGAUGUACUUUCGCUCGGGCGGAAACUUGUGCAACAUUGGGAAUAUCUGAAUGGAUGCGCCAGUUCCGAAGCUCAUCUUGGGCCUUUGGCUUUUCGCAUCAUGGCUGAUGCUAUUAGUCGCGUCAUGUCGCUAUACGAAAAGGCCGUUGAUGAUGUACUAAAAAGAAAACCAUCGGAAACUAGAGGUACUGCAGAAUUGGGCACACGGCAGGGCGUUGAUGGUGGUGCGACCCGGAACAUACCGUACCAUGACGAAACGCCGAGUCACAGUGCGACAUCGAUAUCCAUCGGCGAACUUGAACUUGACGAUGAAGAAGAAGUUGCCAUAGUUAGCCGGGAAGCUCUGAGACAUUCCAUUAUCAGGCUCGGCGCUAUGCUCCAGGAUCUUGAAGAGGAGACUUAUCGACACAACCCGGAUGAAGCCUCGAAUGCGGUUCAGUGUCCGCUGCAAGACAAAGAAAUCAAAGAGCUUAUCGGAUGGUCGUUUCGCCUGUUAGGGAAAGUCAGUAAACCGAUAUGAAUGUGUUAAUAAAAAUUCAAGUACUUACCUAGACUUACUCCGGGAAGAACCAUGAAUUGCUGGGGGCAUCUCGUGUGAUACUGCAGAUAUUGU